UUUCCUUCAAUAUCAAUAUAUAAAAAAACAUGUUUUGUAAUAUAAACAUAAUCAAGCUUCAAAUUGGCUAUAUUGUACAUUUGUGUAUAGGUGGGCGAAACCACAUUUUUUAUAUAUUUCCUGCAUAAAGAAUCCGUAUGAAUGUGUCCUGAUAUCUCAGUACAAGCUUUGUCUCCUUUUCCGGAGAUACAGUCCAGCAGUAAUCCAUGUAAACCCAAGCGGAAGUUUGGUUUUCCUCGGCAGGAAAUUGUCAGCAGUGUUUUUGUUGCUAGUAGGGACUGUUGUGUUGUGAAAAUGGCGACGCCUCGUCGCUCCUCUCAGCAGCAACAACAACCAAGCUCCCUCCUGUCCUCCCCGCCCCGCGGCUCCUCUAUCCCCGUCACCCCUCCUGGCUCUCCGCCGGCACCCACCGACGAUGCCACCCCGCUUCCCCACCGAGCCGCGAUGGAGAACGCGGCUGACGGCGAGGCAACCCCGGCCUCUCCCACCACCACCUCUCCAGCUCUGGCCCUCACCACCAGCAGUAGCAGCAGCAGCAGCAGUACUAGCAGCAGCGCUAGCUCCCCGACCACUACAGAGGGUAGCGGGACCAGCCCUGGCUCUACGCCCGACUCGGGUAGCGGCAACCUGGGCAGUAGCAGCGGUAGCAGCGGUGGAAGUGGUGGUGCAAAUGGGGCUUUCAGGGAGCUGUUUGAAGCCUGUCGAAACGGGGAUGUUUCGAGGGUGAAGAAACUCGUGGAUGCGGUGAAUGUGAAUGCCAAAGACAUGGCAGGACGCAAGUCGACACCCCUACAUUUCGCUGCAGGUUUUGGCCGGAAAGACGUGGUGGACCACUUACUUCAGACAGGCGCUAAUGUGCACGCCCGGGACGACGGGGGUCUGAUCCCUCUCCACAACGCCUGCUCGUUCGGUCACUCUGAGACUAUAGUGUGCACAGUUAGCCUCGGAGAUCACAUUGAGGAAAAAACCUGA